GCUAGUGUUUCGUUUCACGCAGCCCCGCCCGAGUCUGUGUUUGCACUGCACACAGCCAUUUAAAUGGUGCUGGAGGUCUUUCAUUCUGUUGUAGGUCCGCCGCUACGCAAAAAGGGACACAGGCUGUUUGCAGUCUCCUGGGCCAAAAACAAGCCCAACAUAACACAAGCAGCAGCCCACUUUGACAAAAGAACGAAAGCUAAGUCACGUCACCCAGCAGCCCCCAAACUUAUCGCCGGCUGCUGUCCGUCUGUACCUUGGCAUAUAACAUCGGGUCGCGGACCUGCAGAUGAGGGUGGUCAGAUUGAGAUGACAUGCCAGACACCAGUCAGAUUGCCAGUGCACCUUUGAACAGCGUGGCUGUUGUCUUACGUUCGUCAUGGAAUACAUAGUGUAGACGGCACCCAGGGCGCCAAGCACCAACGUCACCGACACCCUGGAGAAAGCAACAAUGCGCACAAGCUAUUUCCGCAUUCACAACGGAUCCUCCUCAUGACUGACUAUCUUGUCCUACCAUAGAGUGAUCUGGAAUUGUGUGGUGUGAACUGCCUCUCCUUGGCCCUUAUUCGUUGUCGGUUGUGCAGCCCUGGGCGUCGCGGACGGCUUGGCAGCGCCAGCCUGGGGAGCUGCGGGCUGGGCAACUGUUGGCUUUGCGGUUCCCGUCGUGCCAGCAGGUUGCGAAGCAUCCUGCAACGACUGUAAGCACCCAUACGCGAGAAGCACAUGUGCAGUAGCCAACAACUUCGGUUUCGUGUGCUUACUCGUUUAGUAUGUGCAACAGACGUCUGGAGCAGGUGGAUGAGGGCGGUGGGCGACUCGUGGAUGGGGGCCGAGAUGUUGGUGGAACUCGUGCGCCAAGUGUCCUGAACACGGUGAGGAAUCUGAGACUCCUGCAGACACAAAGGACACAAAUGCACGAGUGCAAGCCAUGAGUGUCAGCUUCGCAUUUGCACCUGUCCGUGCACAGGAGGCUUCAGGUUGAGAACGGCACCCCACAUGUGACCGUCACUCUGCUUCUUCGCCGAUGUCAACACCUACAGGGGCAAGGAGAGCAAGCAAAGGUCGGAGCAUGCAUUGCGGACAUUGGUUCAUCUUUUGUGUACUGUACCUGGUCAACUGCAUGCAUGGUAAGCGCCGAUGCAAGCUGAUGUUCCAUGCUACCCUUCCCGUAGCGGUCAGCAGCACACUGAAACACCAAUCGCGAGAUGGAACGAGGCUAUAUGAAUACAUGACUCUUCCGCCUCACCUUGGUUCCAAGUGUUGGAGCGAGCAUCAUGACGAUUGGACGGCCCUCGGCCUCAGCAACUACACGGCUCCUCUGCAUGACACAAAACGCACAGGCACACAUGCGUCUGGUAUGCUCCGCAUGCCCACCCCCAUGACCCUCCCUCACCGCUAGAGAGGAGAGAGCGGCUGUUUCGCCCAUCAUGACCCUUGUGCAGUGAUGGUUGGCGUCGAGGGUGCCCUCAAGGUCGAGGAACGACAUCUUGAGCACGUCAGGCGCCUCGCCAGGUGUGCUCUGCAUCACUUCGACAGCUCCAAGGUCGCCUAUCAGGCCUUGAACGGCGUCGAGCUGCAGCACUUGGCUAAGGGGGGCGGGAGGGACGGAGGGGUUCUCCUCGAGACCACUCAAAGCGGACCGCAUCGUCUCAGCAGCCUGAAAUGCGGGCGACAGUCGAGAGGAUCGUCAUGACGCUGUGUGCAAGGCAAAGGGGCGCGUAUUCUACCUGCUUGUUGGCAUUUUUCACAGCCGGAGAGUUGAGAUGCUGGAACUGGUUACAGGACCCCAGCUCGAGAAAUUGGGGGUCACCGGACACGCAGACGGUCAGAGGGCCGUCAGACUGAGGACACGCAAAAGGCAGCGACAGUCCACGCCGUGGAAGCGCAUGAGUUGGUGUGACCUUACAGUAGACGUGGAAGAUAGGAGCUCCUCAGUUAUUGUGGUUGCGAGUGGGCGAGACUCUGCUACCUCGAGGAAGGCAGUCACCUGGUGACCUGGCAAUGGGCAACGAGUCACUCAUCGGGUGCGCAUCCAUCACGUCGGCCUCUUCCCUUCUGUAUUUACCGUGUUCAUCAACCCAGCUAGGUGCCACGACCCCGUGGCUGCCAGAGGGACUUCGAGUCAAAACCGACGUGGUAACGCACAGCUGAAGGCAAAAGCAAACGCGAGCAGCGGAUGAAUGGGCGUCACGCGGACAUCGCCGUACACGUGCGUAGCCUACCGAUGUCUGGCAUGACGAUUCCAGCACCGUGGACUCUUUAUCUUUGGGGUCCAGACUGAAGUAGUCGGACUUGAACGCAGGCUUUUCUGGCACACGACCAUCAACACACGAAAGAGGUCCAGCUGUCACAAAUGAAUGCAUGAUCCCUACGAACACGCACCUGGGAACGAUUCAAGAAAGACGACCGCCUGAAGAGCACAGAGGGCCAAUAAGCCAUCACAGCCACGUGUAUUGACCUUCUCGUCAACGUACCGAUACACGUGGUUUCUGGAAGAUGUUCGAUGCCGCCUUGGUCGUGUACAGGUCAGUGAGCAGGGCUGUGGCAGCUUCAUGACGCGGCGCCAGGCCUACCUCAUGGCCCAGCAGGUCACCAAGCAGCUCAUCGCUCACGCUUGGCAGGUGUGUGGCGGCUUCAUAGAAGGGGAAGUACACCUCGCCAACUGCAGCGGUUGCAGCCUACCAAACACAUGAAUACCAAUGCUUUCCAGAUGUUUCUCCGCCCUGGCUUCUCCGUGCCACCUUGCUGCAUCACUGCACUCACCAGAGCUGACUUGAGCGUCCCCUGCGCCAACGCAAGCACCAGCAAUGCUCCGCUGAUGGGCAUCGUGGCUCCCUUUCUGUGCUCUGAGAGCACUUCCAGGCAGUCCCGUGUCGAUGGCCCUUCGACGAUAAUCUGAGUGCUGCACCCUCUUCAG